GCAGACAGUUGGACAACUUCUGUGCACUGUGUGCUUCAGCAUGUGCUGACCCUGCUCUGUGAUUUUACGUGGCCCUACCGCUUCGUGGCUAUUUUGCUGUUGUACCCAGUUGCUUUCCACUUUGUUAUAAUACCACAACAGUUGACCAUGGAAUAUUUAGUAGUAAGGAAAUGUUACGGAUGGACUUAUUGCACAUGUAGCAACCCUAUCACGAUACCACGCUUGAAUUUCACUGAGCUCCUGAGAGCGACCCAUUCUUUCACAAAUGUUUGUAGAAGCAAUCUGCAUGCUAGGUGCUUAAUUUUAUACACCUGUGGCCAUGGAGGUGACUGGAACACUUGAGUCCAAUGAUUUGGAGAGGGGUGUCCCAAUACUUUUGGCAAUAUAGUAUAUAUAUAUAUAUCUUUUUGUAUGUGGGCUUGUUGGCAGAUGUAGUUCCUACUCCACCCAGCA